UUAUUUUGUAUUGUUAAAACAAAACAGGAGUGAGAGAAGGGAAAUUAUGUGAUGGUCGGAGAGAUUGAGGUGGGGGGGGAGGUGAAGCAGUCUCAUGCGAGUUUAAUCUGAAGCGAAGGACACAAAUGUUCAAACGUGAAUGGUGAAACAUUACAAAGCAUCGCUGUACCUGAUCGUCCGACAACCUGCGAGAGAGGGAGAGAGCAACAAACGAGCUGCUGGAGGAACUCAGCGGGUUAGGCAGAGGGAGAGAGCAACGAGGAAACUAGGUGGCAACCCUGGAUGAAGCAGGGAGGGGACCCGCACUCAUUUGUACAACAGAUUACCAUUCCUUUGGAUUUCUCCCCGUGUUGGAUUAUUUGCGCAUCCAUUUUUAAUCGCCUCGUUUUUCGUUCAUUUUAAUGAUUUACCACAUUAUUCCCGAAGACUGGAUUUCUCCACCCGACCUUCCUCAGUUGUCAAACUGAAAUUGUAGGUUUAUUCCGCUCCAUUUAAAGAGACAUUGCACUGGCUCGCGAUAACCCGUGGCUUGCAUUCAGUGUUGUAGAUGUCUGCUUCAUUCCUGGGAUAGAAGGAAUUUCGCCCAGGAUGGAAAAAGCAGGGAAGACAGAGCAAGGGAAGAGCCUGUAGAACCACCAUCCCACACACAGACUGUGGGUGCCGAUCGUUCAGCGCUGGGGAGACUGAGAGGGCUGGACGGAAGACCCUGGAGAGACUAUGGUUCGGAGAUGAUGAGGUGGAAUGCCCAGAGCGCAGCGCAGGAGAUUGGCGAGGAGACAGAAGAUGGCGCCAUCUAUACGAUAACGCUGAGGAGGGUGCAGGUGCACCACCCAGCGAGCAAAGGGCAACGAUGGCUUGGGGUGGAGAGUGAAUCUGCCAUGAACCUGUACGAAACGUGCAAAGUGCGGACCAUCAAGGCCGGGACCCUGGAGAAACUUGUGGAGUACCUGGUGUCGGCCUUUAAAGGCAAUGACUCCACUUAUGUCACCAUCUUCCUCUGCACUUACCGGGCCUUCGCAUCAACCAAACAAGUGUUGGACCUACUUCUCAACAGAUACGGAAACUUGCAUCAAAUGAAUGGAGAUGUUUCUAAGCUUACACCAGAUGAUAGGGUGGAAUUGAAAAAUACCAUUUCAUCCAUUCUUGGAGCCUGGCUCGAUCAGUAUUCUGAAGAUUUCAGGAAGCCACCAGAUUAUUCCUGCCUGAAGCAUCUAUACGCUUACAUUCAUCAGAUGUUUCCAGGUUCGGAUCUGCAACGCCGCGCUCAUGUCCUCCUUGGUACAUUCCAAAGGCACAAAGAGCUGGAUCUUCAAGAUGCGGCUGAUCACUGCACCUUCACGAUGGUUGAGGAGAAUGGGUUUGAAGAGCCAAAGCCUGACUUCCUCUCCUUUCUCGCCAACGUGGUGGCUGAACAGUUCACCUUAAUGGAUGCGGAGUUGUUCAAGAAAGUAGUUCCAUAUCACUGCCUGGGAAGCAUCUGGUCCCAGAGGGAUAAGAAGGGGAAGGAACAUGUGGCACCGACAAUACGUGCUACCGUCACACAGUUUAACAGGGUUACAAACUGUGUCAUUGCAACCUGUUUGAGUGACAAGACCCUGAAGCCUCAACAGAGAGCCAAGAUCAUAGAACGAUGGAUUGAGGUGGCCAGGGAGUGCAGAAUCUUCAAGAAUUUCUCCUCACUACGAGCCAUCCUCUCUGCUUUACAAUGCAACUCUGUCCACAGGCUCAAGAAAAGCUGGGAUGAGGUAUCAAGAGAGAAUAUUCGGAUAUUCCAAGAACUGUCUGAAAUCUUCUCAGAUGACAAUAACCACUCCCUGAGCCGCGAGUUGCUCAUCAAGGAGGGGACCUCAAAGUUCGCUACACUUGACAUCAAUCCAAAACGGGCUCAGAAAAGACAACAGCAACAAAAGGAUUUGGGAGUCAUGCAGGGCACAAUACCAUACUUGGGAACUUUUCUUACUGACCUGGUUAUGUUGGACACUGCAGUGAAGGACCAUUUAGACGGAGGUCUGAUCAACUUUGAGAAAAGGAGAAAGGAGUUCGAAGUGAUUGCCCAGAUCAAGUUGCUACAGUCUGCCUGCAACAACUACUCGUUCACACCAGACCAUCGGUUUGUGGAGUGGUUUCGUAGUGUGGGGAGGCUGACAGAGGCAGAAAGUUACAAUCUGUCCUGUGAAAUUGAGCCUCUGGCAGAGUCUGCGAGCAACACUCUGAAGGCAAAGAAGAACACAGGCAUCAUUAAACGAUGGAGCGACAGACAGACCCCAGCCACAGAUGCCCCAAGUACGGGUGCCCAGUCCCGAUCCUGCGAGCAGCUCAAGUGUGGGCCGUACCUGGGUGGCGGGGAUGCAGCAGACUCGGUCAGUGUCACGUCUGCCGGCUCCAGCAGCUCUGAUGUGGAAGAAAUCAACAUCAGCUUCAUCUCUGAGUCGCCAGAUUCCCAGGAGAAAAAGUUCUGGGAAUCAACAUCGCUGUCCUCAUUGGACACAUCUGGAAUCGGCUCAGGGUCAAGCAGUGCCUCCUCUUCCUCAGUGUCCUCCACACCCAUAACGUCCUCCAGGACGCACAAGCGCUCUGUCUCUGGAAUAUCCAGCUACUCCACACUAUCUCUGCCACUUUAUAACCAGCAGGUGGACGACUGCUGUAUCAUUCGGGUCAGUCUGGACGUCGACAAUGGGAACAUGUACAAGAGUAUUUUGGUGACAAGCCAGGAUAAGACACCUGUAGUCAUUCGAAAGGCCAUGGCCAAACACAACUUGGAUGGGGACAGGCCUGAGGAUUACCAAUUGGUGCAGAUCAUCGCUGAAGACAGAGAACUGAAAAUCCCUGACAAUGCCAACGUGUUUUAUGCCAUGAACUCAUCUGUCAACUAUGACUUUAUGUUGAAGAAAAGGGGACACUCAAAACCAGGAAAACCAAAACAUGUUUCAAGCUCAACUCUCCCCAGAAUGAAACAGAAAGGACUGAAGAUUACAAAAAGCAUCUUCUAGCUCCUGACCAGUUGCCUAUGGUUGCUGGAUCAUCCUAAUGUUAUAAAUAUAAAAAAAUUUCAGUGUUACCGAUUAAAUGUGCAAUAUUUUCUGUGACUAAGACUACUGAAAGUAUCCUGCUACCAGUGUCCAUUCAGUUUUACUUGAGAGACUGAAAGGCAUUAAACUUGAAUGGAAUAUGGAGCUGAGAAGGAACAGUGCAAGGUGGGCAUAGGAUCGACCCUGCUUCUCAGGUUUGGGUGAUGGUACAUUAAAGAUCGUGUGAUCAGCAAAGUGACUUGGAAUGCAUCAUCCACCUGGAGCAAUGGAAGAAGAUGGAACUGCCUUUCUAUUAUAUGGCUGAUUGAAGCAUAAGCUGCGGAGACUAGUUCUCCAUGAAGUCUGUACCAUUGUCCUUCAGCACCUGAACAGCAGCUGGCUUUGCCCAGAAUGUCAGAAGUUACUAAAAUGCAAAGAGAACACUAAAUCUAUCAUCAAAAUAUCAGAACAAAUAACUUCAGUUAUGGAACACUUGCCCUUGUGGCUUGCCAAUUACCUGCAGUUAUAAUGAAACACAAGGUCCACCCUGAACUUCAGUGAGCAAAGUUUAAAAGUGGUUGCUCUUGGACAGGUAUAAGUGACUCUUAAUCCUGUGAGAAGAGGUCCCCAUUUUAAAGGCUAUCUGGCAUCAAUAGGAUCUCCUCUUGUUCCACAAUAAAUAUUAAAAAGCCUUUCUAAGGUUUAUCCAAUAAAAUGUGGGGAGUUCCAAGAAUUUCAAUCCCACAUCACUUUCCUGGUCAGACCAAAGACCAGAAGACAUCUGGCUUAUGACACAGUGCAGAAAUACAUGGCCAACAGUGGAUGGUUCAUUAUUACAAUUAAGAAAUGAUUCCAUCUCUUACUGAAUAGUUAGGCUGGAACUGACAGAAUUGUACAGUUAUAAUCUGAGCCAUUCUUUGGCUGAUAUGAGAAACAUUUGUUUUUUUUAAUUUGCAAAUAAUAACUCAUUUUCAAAUGAACUGUUGAUUUUUUUUAAGUUUGUUUUGUACAAAAAGCACUUGAAUCUUUUUUGGGGGCAAUAUUUAUUCAUUGUACAGACAUAUUGAUGAGUGGAAUUGUAAAUUUCUUACUGUUGAAUAUGAUCUAAUAUAUUGACUCGUUACUUGUAUACUGUUGCUGUUUGCUCAAUGGGUCUUUUCUUGUCUGGUGAGAUGUGUUGUCUUUGUUACAUUUUUGUAUAUUGUAAAAAGAGGGAAGAUUAUGAAUACAGCUUCAAACAAGAUCUGUUCUUCUGGCUGUUUAUAUGUGGCUUCUGGUUAGUCGUGGCCAGUAUUGUUUGUGACCAGCCUUUGUCAUUGCAUUUUUCCAGGAGCUGCCUGCUUGCCACUCUGCCAAUGGCCACCCUUCAUUAAAAGUAGUGCCUGUUUACUUCACCUUGGACAUAUGGCAUGCCAACCCCACAGUGCCCUUACCUCACUGGUGUGUUUCUUUGCUCCAGCUUUGAGUUAGGACAGGUGUCUAACCUCUCUAACAGAUCUCUAACCUUGAUGCAUCUCACCUGCAACAGCAUGAACUAUAUUGGUGGCAGGAUCCAAGUCUAAUACUAACUAACUGAAUGCUAACAAUGUACUACCACAUUAUCAAAAUCAAAUCCCAUAUUGUUUCUGCACAGGAGGUCCCACAGCCUACAGAAAGUGGUUUACAUUCUAUUAUUUUUAUCUUCUCUCCUGCUGGUCACAGCCUCCCCAGGAGUACUAUAUGCACUGAGUCUCUGACUCGCUCUGCAAGUCUCCUACAAUACCAACAUCAAGCCAACUGCACAUUCUACCAUUCUGCUUAAAGGAUUAGACUGGAAACUUACUGCACAUUUAAACCCACAACCUGCCAGUCCUGUGUUUAGUUCAGUAACCAUUUAACUAAGCCCACUGCCAUUCUGUAACUUCUACUUUAAACAUAAUGCGACAAAUUCUUGUCAGGACACAAGUCUACUGUUUGGAUCAUCUGUUCCCCAGGCAGAAAGGCUCCUUGCACCUAUUCCCAAUAGUCUCCCAUCCAAGAACUAACCAGGCCUGAAUUUGCACUCCUUCCAUCCUAAUUGUCAGCUGAUGUGUCUGAGCUCAAGUCUCCAGAGUGGGACCUGAACCAACAACCUUCCAGUUCCAAAAUGAGGACUUUCCCCUGUUCUAGGUCUGAUAUCUAGUCUAUAUUCCUCCAGAACUGGCCAGCUCCAGUCAUUACAGCCUUGGUCCAAAUAUGGACCAAACAGCAUGACUGCCCUUAAACAUCAAGGGAGGCCUUAAUUGAGUGUGAUGUUCAGGCACUAAAGCAGAAGACAAUGGGAAUCAGGAGAAACUUUCCAUCAGCUAUAGUCACAUCACAGCAGGAAAGAUCACAGUAUUUGUAAGAGAAUCAAUCAUCUUAGUUCCUGGACAACACUGCAGGAGUUCCUCAAGGCAGUGUCCUGGGCCUAACUAUCAUCAAUGACAUUCCAUCACAGUCAGAAGUAGGACACUUACUGAUAAAUUACACAAUGUUAACUUCCCUUCCCAACUCUUUAGCAGCCUGCCUGCAUGCAUGCAGCAAUACUUGGACACCAUUCAAACUUGGCACCAUCUGCACAUCAACCCAGGCUGGCAGCAUCAGUAACUUCCGCUCAUUAACAAAAAGCAGCAAAUGAAGAAAGAAACCUCCUUCAAUUCAUAGCAGGGACGGAUAUUAAAGGGUCCUCUGGUGUGAUCAUACAUCAACAAAGCAGAUGGCAAGAUUCUAAUCACUUGGAUUUUUUAAAAUGCUAAUAAAUGGAAUAAUCUGCAUCACUAAAUACAGAAUAAACACUACAUAGCCUCCAUUAGCACAGAGUGGAGUGUUUUAUGUUUUCAGGAGGUACAUCAAGAUACCAUUUAAAUACAGAGACUAAAUUGCACAACAUCUGUUGCCAUGGGAACACUGCUCAGUCGUGAAUCUUGCCGCACCAUUUGCUCUGAAUAUCUUUAUUGUGUCAGUUCUAAACAGAGCACACAACAUAGAAAAGUCCAGCUUCUUCAGGGGUGCAAGGUGGAUAGGAGGAGAUUGGCCACCUGUUACACACCUCACAAUCUCACCCCCUCUCACACACACAUCUUUCUUGCAUACAGAAAAAAUGGACACACAUGCAUGUACGUAUCCUCUGCUAGAUUCCACAAUAUUCCACCACCACACAUAUUCCCUUCCCUCCCCUUUUCAGCAUUUUCAAGGGACUGUUCCCUUUGCCAUUCCCUAUUCUUCAAUCCACACCAACAGUUCCCCAUCUUACGGCACUUUUCCAAGCAACCACAGGAGAUGCAGUCCCUAUCCACUCACCUCUUCCCUCCCCACCAUCCAGGAACCCCAAUUGUCCUUCCAGCUGAAGCGAUUCACUUGCACUUCUAAUCUGGUGCACUGUAUCCAAUAUUCACAAUGUCAUCUGAUUACCCUGAAGAAGCAAAACGAUCAGGUGACCAUUUUGCAGAGCACCUGCAUUCAAUCCACAGGGGCAACUCAACUUCCUCUUAUCUACUACUUCCACUCUGACUUAUCUGUCCAUGGCUCCAACUCUGCUAUAUGAUGCCCAAUGCAAGCUUGAGGAUCAGCACCACUUUCCAGACUCAAUAUUGACUUUUGCCUUGUCUAGCUGUCUUGGUUUUAAAAUCAUCCAUCGGUGACAUUGGCUCAGUCUCUCUCUCUAUUCAGCCUGUCCUGCUGGGCAUGUCCCAUAGUCCCGGAUUUUCACAACAUUUUAGGUUCCUUUCUUUGUAUUCUCACCCUCAUUUCCUGCAUUCAGAUACUCUCCAUCACCGGGAUCCUCUAUAUCCACCACAAGAUCAGUGUCUGUCAUUAUCCUACAGCACACCCAUUGCACUCAAAUCCUCUGCCUUAUAAAGCUUGACUGGCCAGUACCUAGGGUUAAUUCCACUGCCCUUUGCCAAGGGGCUCUUUUACGUGCACUGGAAGGAAACAGGUGGGACCUCAGUUUAAAAACCACAUCUCUUACAGUGCAGGAACCCCACAAUUGUAAGGCAUUCGUCAGAACCUUUGCGUUCAUGUUUCAUGGCUUAGAGUCAAAAGUGCUAGUGAGCUAGCCACAAGUAACACAAGGUAGCCCUGGCCUCUCGGUAAAUGCACUCUUACAAUCACCUCACUCACUAUGAGAGGCAGCAAAUCCUACCUUAAGAAGUUCAAAGUCAAAGUUGAGUUUACUGUCAUAUGCACAAGUGCACUGAAAUACUUGCAGCAGUAUCACAGGCACACAGCAUCAUAUAGGCAACAUUCACAAGAAAAAAAACAAUUAGAACAAAAAAAAGUCCAUUUUAGUGCAAAGUGAUCAGAUUGGUCUUAGUGUUGCUACACUGUAGUGGUGAUUAAGAUUUUGCCUGUUGGUUCAAAAACCGAAUGGAUGAAGGGAAGUAGCUGUUCUUGAACCUGGUGGCAGCUUGUAUUGUUCUCUGUAAAACAUUUUGUGAGGGCUCAGAGAAUUCCAAGUCUGUAGGAGGGAAGAAGGAAAAGGGAAGAGGGUAAAGCUGAUACAAUUAGGUAAGGAAGGCUGGCCAAGAGGCUCAAGCAGAGGUAAACCCAGCAGGGUCCGAUAGGACCAUCUGUACUGUGUACUCUGUACCUCCAUGUGAAGGUUUAACUUCCUGUAAACAGGAAGCUGCUGCCAUCUACUGGUGAAAACCAGAACAAAGAAUUUGGCCAAUUUUCACACAGCAAGAAAACUUUUCUAAAAAUCACAGUGUGACCUUCCCAUGAAGUUUCAGGAAGGUCAGAGAGCUGAGGUCUGCCCGACUUGUUGGUCUUCAAGUACUACGAGGUGUCCUUAAAGGAAAGCUGCUGCUUGGGACGAUACAAACUUCAAUAAAUGUGAACACAUAUUAAACAAUAUUAAUGUACUAAAUAUACAUCUAUAUGGACAUGCUAAAUACUGUUCUAUAACAUAUGAUGCUGAGGGAUGCACUGAAGCUUGGUGUAGCCAAUGUGGGGAAGGACUGCUGUCUAAGGUCCUGCUGCCAUUGAGGAGCUAAGCCCCAUGUAAAAGCUUUACAGGCACUAGAAGUUUGUAUCGUCCAAAGAGGCCACGAGUGGCAAUGUUGCUCCGUACACAGAAUGUGCUGAUAUUAAAAGGUAUAGAACCAUUAACAUCAAGUAAAGACUGAACAACACAAUGUAAAGAACAGUCUUCUGUAUUU